AUGUCUAUGGGUCAUGUUUGUGAUAAUCCUCUAUUAAAAAACGCAGAAAAAUUCCCAGAUUCUUGGUUUACUGCCUUCCCAAAGAGUCGUAGUGCUUCUAAAGCAAGAAUAUCCAGUGGUAGUUCAUGGUGUGCUCCUGCUGCAGAUGGCAAUUAUUAUUUUCAACUAAAUUUCCCAAGUCUUUAUGCAGUUAACGUUAUCGCAAUCUUUGAAGACAGUUCAAGUUCAAGCUUUGUAACUAAAUAUCACUUGCAGACAAACAUUGAUGGUGUGAGCUGGAUAUCUGAAAAAUCCCAGAAGAUUUAUCUAGGAAACAAAAAUGGUUACAAUGAUGCGGCUAUAGAAAAGUUUUCUGGUGGCCUUAAAUCCAAAGCUUUGCGAAUCUUUCCAUUGAAAUUUGUUGGUGCACCGUGUUUACGAAUUGAAAUUUGUGGUGGAGACUUACUCCCAGAUAAACCAACAGAUCUCAUUGCAACCAAAUCUGCAUCGACGUACCUCGAGAUAUCAUGGAAACAUCCCAAAAAAACUGGUGUAAAACUUGGUACAAAUAUCUCGAAUCCUCUUACAAGAUAUCUAUUGAUUUUGCUGAAGGAUACUAUGAUUGUUUUUUAUAAAACUCUGGAGGUAACUGACAAAAAACCGUACAACAUUACGAAUCUUGUUCCUUACGCAACGUAUAAAGUUAAUGUGUUCGCUGGCAAUUCUGAAGGCUUUGGUAGAUCAACUACAGCUACUUUUAGAACUGCUGAAGAUGACGGUGGAAAUACUGGUGCCAUUGCUGGUGUAGUUGUAGCUGCAAUUUUGCUCAUUAUUUUUGUCAUAUUGGUCAUUCUUUUUGUUAGGAUCAAUUCAAACUCUGCUACAGUGCAGUGAACUGCGUAUUGUAGUUAUUUGACGGCUACUAAAAGUUCUCAAAAAUGGGGGAAGUUGAAUUUUUUUCGCGAAAUUAUUAGACGUUUUCUGAAAUUUAACGUACUAUAGAAGAAUAUGAUUAAGCAUAGAAUUUUAUUUCCUUUUUAACUAUAAGAGUGAACGAGAGUGAAUGAUUCUGAACAGUAUUUGAAAACAAUUUGGAACAUAACAUCAAAUUUUUAGACUAAGGAUGUAGUCAAUAUUUGAAAUAGGAUAACGGCUGUAAUAAUUUUUAUCUAAAUACAUUAAAUAAGAAAUAAAGUUAAAUUACAAA